GCAUUUCCCCCUUACUCAUCUGUGUAGGAGUUUAGGCUUCAAUUUUCUGCCCCAGCUAGGACACAACUGGAGAAUGAUCAGACCUGACUGAGAGACCCUGGCUAAUACUUUCUAAUAAUUCAUUCAGGAAAGAUGGAGAGCUGUCACUGUUUCUUGCUGCAUUGCUCACUGGUCUUUGCGCUGUCUUUUGCAGAGGAGGCAACGUUUGAGAAUGAGAUCGACCUUACAGAGUUUAUUAGAAGGAUUUCUUCCUCUGGACUACUGGUCAGGGAUCAGCCUCUGGCUAUCAACAGAGACCUUCGCUUUGAAACAAACUCACUGGAGGAGCUUGGAGAUCCAGAGGAUUCCAUUCCCAUCUGGACUGAUGAGGAACCAGUCAUCCAGAAUACACUCAACACCGGGACUACCAUCCCUGAUAUUCCUGACUAUGGCCCCAUAGUGUUGACCAACAAUGGGUUGAUCAAGGGACUCACAGUGGAAAAGUCCCACAUAUUUUAUGGGAUCCCGUAUGCGGACCCACCUGUGGCCACGCACCGCUGGAAGCCCCCCAGACCGGUGACCCCGUGGCCGGGGGUCCACGACGCCACGUACCCGAGGAACGCGUGUAUGCAAGGCUGCAGUGGCCCCAUAUCUGACAAGUGCCCUCAGAAGGUGAGUGAGAACUGCCUCUACCUCAACAUAUUUGUACCUCUGGAUGUGAACUUCAGUUCCCCUUUACUGACAACCCUGCCAGUGAUGGUGUGGAUCCACGGGGGAGAUUUCAUUGCUGGCUCAGCCUCCAAGCCCCUGUACGAUGGGAGGUUCAUCAGUAACUUCACUCGCACUGUGGUGGUGAGCAUGGCGUAUCGGCUAGGGGCGUUUGGUUUCCUCGUCUCGGGAAAAGACCCCAAAACCUCAGCAACCGGGAAUUAUGGGAUCCUGGAUCAGCAGGUUGCUCUUCUCUGGGUUCAACAAAACAUCGCUCUGUUCGGAGGCGACCCCAGCAAGGUGACCAUGUUUGGGGAGAGUGCAGGAGCCCAGUCAGUGAGCCUCCAUCUGAUGGUCCAGAGCAGUAAGCCCCUGUUCAAACAGGCUGUGUUCCAGAGCCUACCCUUCUCCAUCCCUCUCAAGACCAGACAUGAUGCCCUGAAGCUGGGGAGGGACUUUGCCAGACAGGCCAAUUGCUCUGUGAGCGACAUCGUGUGCCUGCUGUCCCUCAGUCCUCAGGCUGUCCUCGCUGCCCAGAUGAAGUCAAGUUCCAAAGUGGUGAAUCCCUUCAGGUUCCUGGAGAUCUUUGAGACCUGGGGGCCCUACGUGGAUGGAGAGCUGAUCAAGGAGCAGGCUGUGACUGCCUUCCAGAAGGGCCACUGGCAGAAGGAGAAACCAGUCCUCCUUGGGACCACUUCAGAGGAGGGGGUGAUAUUUGUGUACGGGGUCUUCACCAAGCCUGUGUCUGCGGUGGAGUGCACCGUCUACACCGCGGCUAUCUUCAAACAGCACGCCCUCAGGAUCCUACACAAGUACCUGCCCCUGUACAAGGACAUUGACCGACGGGACAUGCUGGCUCAGAUUGUUACAGACUACGUCUUCCUUUGCCCCUCCCGUAAGGCAGCCCGGGCAGGCACCAAAGUGGGCAGCGCCGUGUGGAUGUACGUCUUUGACCAUGUGAUAUCGGACCACAGUGUGUGGUCCGGUCUGUCCUUCUGCUACGAGCACGUGUGUCACGGUGCUGAGCUGCCCUUCCUCUUCAACACUGCCUCCAUGGCUAACUUCACGCUGGCCCCACCCGAGAGGCUGCUGUCCAAUCGGAUGUUGUGUUACUGGGGACAUUCGCCCACACCGGGGACCCGGCCUCACGGAUGCAACAGAGCGGCUUCUGUGGGCACCAGGGACCAUAUCUGUGACUUCUGGGACAAGCUGGGCAUCUAUUAG